CGUUAGGAUUCGCAGAGAGGAUCGGAGAGGCAGGCGGAGAAGACGGCGGAGCAAAGCUGCCGGAGACGAGGGAGAAAGGCCGUGACGGAAAAAACUCCGAUUACCGUACCGACGCCGGUGAGGAAAGAGAUCAGUACAUACAUAGAGACCAAACCCUAGUCCGAAUUUUUUGUUUUUAUUUUUUGGAAAUUGUUUAAAAAUGUAUGGGGAUUGCCAAGUGCUGUCGUCCAUGGCCGGAAAUGGCGUCCCGCCGCCGGACUCGUUCUUUGCGCCGCCGCAGCUGGGGCAGAACCCUAAUUUCGGCUUCAUGUCCAACAUCAACAUGCCUUUCACCAUCUUCCCUCCCAUCAUUCCAAAGGAGGAAGGUGGGUUAUUAAUGAAGGGAAAAGAGGGAGUGGAGAGUGGUUCAGGCAGCGAGCACAUUGAAGGGCUUUCCGGCAAUGAACAGGAAACCGAUCAGCGGCGGCCGGCGGCGGAGGAGCAGCCGCCGGCGAACAAGAAGAAACGCUACCACCGUCACACCGCGCAUCAGAUCCAAGAAAUGGAAACUUUAUUCAAGGAAUGCCCGCAUCCAGACGACAAGCAGAGGCUGAAACUCAGCCAAGACCUCGGACUGAAACCUCGGCAGGUUAAGUUUUGGUUCCAGAACCGGCGCACUCAGAUGAAGGCGCAACAAGACAGGUCGGAUAAUGUUGUGCUCAGAGCUGAAAACGAUAGCUUAAAGACGGAAAAUUACCGGCUGCAAGCGGCGUUACGCAACAUCCUAUGCACCAACUGUGGCGGUCCGGGCAUCUUGGCCGACCUGAGCUUCGAUGAACAACAACUCCGAAUGGAAAAUGCCCGUCUCAAAGAAGAGUAUGAGAGAAUGUGUUGUAUCUUCUCGCAAUACACGGGGCGUGCAGUCCAGCCAAUGGGGCCAUCGCCGCUCCUCCCGGCGGCGCCCUUGGACAUGGAUACCGCCGGCGGGUUCCCGAGAAAAUUUGAGGAGAAUAUGGGCAGUUGUGAGGAUAUGGUUCCCGUUCCGUUCAUGGCAGAAAACCCGCAAUUUGCAGGCGGCGGCGGCCCUUUCGUUGGAGAAGAGGAGAAGCCACUGGCGAUGGAUUUGGCAAUUUCUAGUAUGGAUGAGCUGGUAAAGAUGUGCCGCGCCGGCGAGCCGCUCUGGGUUUGCCGGAACAACGGGAGAGAAAUGAUCAACGGGGACGAGUACUCGCGGCUGUUCCAGUGGCCUAACAAGCCGCCGCUAUCAAGUGAUAUCAGAGCGGAAGCCACCAGAGCUAAUGCUGUUGUUAUAAUGAACAGCAUCACCCUAGUUGAUGCAUUCCUGGACGCAGGCAAAUGGAUGGAGCUAUUCCCUUCCAUUGUUGCAAGAGCAAAAACCAUUCAAGUUGUUAUGCCCGGGGUUCCUGGGCACGCUAGUGGCUCACUUCACUUGAUGUAUGCUGAAUUGCAAGCUCUUACCCCAUUGCUGCCAACCAGAGAGUGCUAUUUCCUGCGUUAUUGCCAGCAAAACCCAGAAGAAGGGACUUGGGCCAUUGUUGAUUUUCCCCAUGAUAGUCUCCAGAUUAACUUCCCAUCAUCUUCUUGUUUCCCCCACUUCAAGAGAAGACCUUCUGGUUGCAUCAUCCAAGACAUGCCCAAUGGGUACUCUAGGGUUACAUGGAUAGAACAUGCUGAGGUUGAGGAAAACCCAGUGAACCAAAUCUUCAGCAAUUUAGUGGCGAGCGGCGAGGCAUUCGGGGCGCGGCGGUGGCUGGCGGUGUUACAGCGCCAAUGCGAGAGGGUUGCUAGUCUUAUGGCACGAAAUUUAUCAGACCUGGGAGUGAUACCAUCUCCGGAAGCAAGGAAAAACAUGAUGAAUUUGGCUCAGAGGAUGAUCAAAAUAUUCUGUGUGAACAUAAGCACAUCCAUGGGACAAUCCUGGACAUCCCUGUCGGAUUCCGCCGAGGAUACUGUCCGAAUCACCACCAGGAAAGUCACCGAGCCCGGCCAGCCCGCCGGCCUCAUUCUCAGUGCCGUCUCCACCACCUGGCUUCCCUAUCACCACUUCCAAGUCUUCGAUCUCCUCAGAGACGAACGCCAUCGAGCUCAGUUGGAUGCUCUUUCUAAUGGGAAUUCAUUGCACGAGGUGGCUCACAUUGCCAACGGUUCUCACCCUGGAAACUGUAUCUCUCUCCUUCGCAUUAAUGUAGCUAGCAACUCUUCCCAGAGUGUAGAGCUGAUGUUGCAGGAGAGCUGCGCGGAUGAUUCCGGCAGCCUGGUGGUGUACGCCACCAUGGACGUCGACGCCAUCCAGCUCGCCAUGAGCGGCGACGACCCCUCCAGCGUGCCGCUUCUGCCGUUAGGCUUCGUCAUAACACCCAUGGCUGCCGCCGCCACCGCCACGGCGGUCCAGUCAUCUGAAAGUGGAUGCCUGCCGGAAUCCGGCUGCCUCCUCACCGUGGCGCUGCAGGUGUUGGCCAGCACCAUGCCGACGGCGAAGCUCAACCUCUCCAGUGUCACCGCCAUCAACCACCACCUCUGCAACACCGUGCAGCAAAUCAACGCCGCCCUUAGCGGCCUGGACGACACAGCCGCCACCACCACCGCCCAGCCGUUCCCAGCGCCGCCGUCUCCGCCGCCGGUUAAGGAAACCGACGACGAGAACCACCGCAGUUCCUAAUUACCCAAAACCUCUCUCUUGAAAUCGAUCGAGAGAGGUUCUGAGUAAUUUGUGAAAAUCUUGGAGGGUAGACUUGUCAAAACAACAAAAGUAUUGUUGGUAGAUAGGAGUAGUAAUUGCCCCUCUGCAUGUGCAUGAACCAUAUUGCUGGGUAAAUAAAUGAUAAGAGACAAGUAGUUCUUUAGGGUUAAUUAGGUAAUAGUGUAGGCUGGCCCUACUAUAAUGUUACUCUCACUCGGCCCGGCCUGGCCCGACCCUAUAAUAUUUUUCCGCAAAAUUGACUUGAAUUUAUCCAUGUCCUCGUACCUUAAAAUUUCACUAGUUUGAGGACAUCAAUAAACUUAAGUUAAUUUUGCAUAAAAAUGUUAUCGAGAGUGCAAAAAGAGUAACAUUAUUCUCUCGUCAUCAAUUAUUGUUGUUUUUGUGAAUGGAUGAAAACUUUUGCUAGCAAGACAGGUGGGAUCGAGAUCGAGUUAACAACGAUGAUGUGGUAGAGAAGUCAAGAGCGCACCAGAUAAAAUCCUUGCUGGCUGGCCUAGCUAGGCUAACCAUUAAUGCUUCCGGCCAGCUAGCAAGGAUGGUGGUUCGGGAAUUGACUUCUUGUCUAGUUGUCUUGUAGUGUUUGACCGUUUCUUGUAUUUCUUUGAAAUUUCUACCUUUGGUACUCAAUUUAAUUAUAUUGUACUUCUUGUUUUGUA